CAACAGCUGCACCACCACCACCACCAGCAGACCUUUCUCGGCGGUGCGCUGGGCGCAGCCGCUGGCGGGCUGCUUGGCGGGGCUGGUGGAGCCGCUGCACAGCACCUAGCUGCAACUACCGAUCUUGUCCACAACGGCGCGCCGGCGAAUUUUUUGCUUCCAGGUGUAACACAUCAACAUCACCACCAGCAACUGCAGCAACAUUUGGCUACGCAGCAGCAUGUUGGCGGGACCACGAUGGCCGGUGGAGGUGCGCAGCCGUUGCACCAGCAACUUUUGCAGCUCGUCACGCUCUAUCCUCGAUGCAAAAGUAUCAUCGUCGUGCUCACUGCAGUCUCGCUUUAUAGUGCACCUUUUCUCUAUGCUUGAUUCAGCAUGUUGACCAAUUGCAUUUUUCCUUCUGAGGAAAUUUGUGACGCAGUUACUACUGGUCCGCUGGCACACUACUUUUGCAAUGCAUACUCUCCAGCAGCAGCAGCAUCAGAUCCAUUUUCACAUGACGAAGCAAAAACAGGAGGUCGCCUUGGUGCUUACCAAAAUGCUGCAGGACGCGAACAAAGUCUGUCCGGCUAUGGAUGUAUUUAGAAAAUAUGAAACUCUCCUCAACAUCUGUUUGAUUCAUUCUCAUGUGCAUAAUUUGCAUGAGCUGGAGCAUGCGUUCAGCAUGACACCAGAAGACGCCAGGACCUCGAAGCGUGCUCAACAAGAAAUGCGUACUUAGAAAAAAAAUCUUCUCAGGACCGCGAGCGGGGCGCGAUGGUCCACCAGAUUCUGACGCAGGCGGCUUUGCGGUGCGCAGACCCGAUCGUGCUGCAGACGGCUUGGGAAGAAACGUUGGCCAAGUUUGAGGUCCAGGAAAGGCUGAAAUGGGC